AGGGAAUAAACAUUCUGCAGCCCGUCAAUCAAUCACCCAGCACGGACGGACCAUCACCGUAUUCAUCAAGAUCACACAUUCAUUCAAUGCCCUCACUCUUCAAUCAUCUAUCUAGCUAAAUCUCACCCACCACUCCCCUUUAAACCUCCGGCCUGUCACAUUCUCACAUCCAAAAUGACCACCAUCACCACCAAGCCCCUCCUCCCCCUUCAAGAUGCUACCGCCUCCCCAUCCUCUCCAACAGAACAAGACUCCUACAACACCCAAAUCGACGCCCUCCUCACCCGCUACCUCCUCUUGCUAGACGAGUACACUACCCUCCGCUCCUCGCUCUCCAGCCUGCAAGCCGGCACGUACCAGAACCUGGCGCGAGCAAACUUUACCGCUGAGCGGGGCGUGCGGUACGGGAAGGAGUACUUUGAUGAGAGGAUGGUGGCUAGUAGGAGGGUUGUGGUGAAGGUUGGGAAAGGGACAGGGAAAGGGGACAAAAAAGAAGAAGAAGAGCACGGUGGGUCGUGGUAUGAGGAUGAGGGGGAGCAAAGGGUUGAGUUUGGGGUUAUGGAGGUUGAUGAGGUAGAAGUGGUGAAACAGAAGAAAGAGGAGGAAGAGGAGGAAGAAAGGGGGGAGGAUGUGAAGCAAGAUGAGAAGAAGGAAACGGAAGAAGUGGUGGGUCAGGACGAGGAAGCUAAGGAGGAGGUUAUUCAGAAAGCAGACACAACAGCAACAACGACAACACCAGUAUCCCCUGACAACAGCUCCGAGACCCCCUCAAAGCCAGACAAUGAUACUGAGGGCGACAAGGAAGAUGAAACCAAAAAGAAGAUUAGAAAAAACGACCCCCUCCGCUGGUUCGGCCUCCUCACCCCGCUUCCGCUCCGCCUCGCUCAGACCCAGGCCAUCCAAGCCGUUGAGCAAAUCAUUCCGCGGCUGGUGACGGUUAACGCGGAGAUGGCGCAAGUGGAGAUUGAGGUACGGAGAGCGAGGAAGAGGAGGGAGAAAGCGGCUGUCAAGGCGAAGGCGGCGAAGGCGGCGAAGGCGGCGGCGGCGGCUAAGGAUGCUAAAUAAGGGUGCUGAGGGUGGGUGCGAAGCUGUAUUAUAGGUAAAAAGAGGAGGGAGAGAGGGCAAGAACGGGAG